AUGGGUGUGGAUAUCCCCGAUAUUCGCAGUAUUAUCCAUAUUGGAACACCGCGGUCGUUGUUGGAGUACGGGCAGGAAAGUGGGCGAGCCGGACGGGAUAGCCAGCGCAGCGAGGCGAUUAUUAUCCAGCCCGAGGGCUGGGACGAGCCCACGCCGGAGACGCCAGAGGCCGUGGCGGAUCGCGAGUUGGUGGACGAGUACCUCGGGGUGGCGCCCGGGGUGGGAUGUCGACGGUUUGAUAUUGAUUCCACCGAGGCACUCUGUGACGGCUGUGACGCCGAUUGGCUCGCGCAGGAGUCGGUUUGCAUGUCCCCGGACAGAUAUUCCCCGGACACCCGCAUGGACGAUCUCGCCAGCACGACAAGCCCACCACGCGAGAUUAGCGCUACGGGCAGUCCCCAUUCCCAUGGUAGUGGCGAAUUAUUUCCAUUAUCGCAUAUUAUACCACAGAGCACGCAGAAUAUCGCGCCAAAUCCCACACGCCGGUCCCAAUCCCAUGACAAUACAGAAUCAUUUGAAACUCAAGUAAUAUCGCAUGUUAUACCACAGAGCACGCAAAAUAUCGCCCCCAAUCCCACGCCCACGGUUAGUAUCGCCGAACGCCAGCGCCAACGGGUGCAAGACCAGCGCCAUGCAGCGCCCCGUAUUCAACACCAGGUGCAAGAUGCACGGCAGUGGUUGGACGAGGAAACUAUUGAAAACGAGAUAGCACCAUGGCAGAAAAAGUGCUAUAUUUGCACCAUUGCAGGACGGGAACGGAACGAACACGAGUUAUACUUUUGUCGUGGGCCCAAAAGCGACAAAGCCAAGGCAUGGGUUAAUCUAGUUCGCCAGUAUAAGAUUCCAUUCGCUAGAUAUACCGCUUGUUACCGCUGUUAUAUGCCGCAGACGAUCUGUCGACGAUGGGAGGUACUAGAUGGCCAUCCAACACAAACCGAGUGUGUAUAUAAGGAUAUAUUGGUCCCCAUGACAGCUGUAAUACUGUACGGCCCGUGGGAGGAGCAGAUCCAGCCACUAUGGCAGCGCCGGUUGCAGCAGCACGGGGUGGACGCAAACAACACCAUGCAAGUGUUGCAGUUUUUGGGGCAGGCCACGGAGGGAGCCAAAGGCCAGCACAGCCAGUUAUUCGCAUUAUUUUGCUGGCUAUGGCAGAUCUGCAAAGAAUUGAGGGGAUCCACGGGGUUUGUGGUAUAA